AUGACCAACACUGGUGGCGCCGGCUUCGAAUAUCCCCCUCAGCCUCUUGUGUGGCUGAAGCGCGAUGCGCUCCUCUUCGCCAACUCGAUCGGUGCGACUGCCGACGAGCUCCACUUCCUCUACGAGUUGCACCCCAACUUCCAGCUGUUCCCAACCUACGCUACUAUCCUUCCGUUCAAGAAGACCUCUCCCGAAGUCACCGACUUCUACGCCGCCAAGGAGUCUGUGCCUGUGCCCGGCCUCCCUCCUCUCGACGUCCGCCGUGUCCUCGACGGCCAGCGUCACCUCAAGUUCCUCAAACCUCUCCCGCCCACCUCUGAGGGCCGCAAGUUUGAGCUGCGGACCAAAAUCACCGGCGUGUGGGACAAGGGAAAGCCCGGCACGGUCAUGGACACGCGGUCCAACGUCGUCGACGCCGAGACCGGCGAAGUGUAUGUCGAGAUCCACGGGUCCGCAUUCUAUGUUGGCCAGGGUGGCUGGGGCGGCUCCAAGGGCCCCGCGUCGGUCAAUUACCCCCCGCCAAAGGGUAAGACGCCAGACGCGACCUUCUCGGACCAAACCAGCGCCAUGACGCCGAUCCUGUACCGCCUCAAUGGCGACUACAACCCGCUCCACAUUGACCCUGUCCUAGGCGAGAAGAUGAACUUUGGCGGUGUCAUCAUCCACGGAUUGUAUUCGUGGAACGCUACCGCUCAUGGCCUCCUCAAGACCUUGGGCGGUAGCAACCCCGCCAACCUCAAGGAGUACCAGUGCCGCUUUGCGUCGCCUGUCAAGCCGGGUGACAAGCUCACCACGUCAAUGUGGCGUACGGGCCAGCCCGACUCGAAUGGGUUCGAGGAGGUCGUCUUCGAGGUCAAGAACCAGAACGGCAAGGUCGUGCUCUCGAACGGUCGCGCUAUCAUGAAGGUUGUCAGCGGUGACAAGGCCAAGCUCUAA